GACAUUGCAAUAAUAAAUACCUUCCUGGCACGAGUGUCCCAUCUUUCCAUCAGGACAGAUGCAUUGUCCAGUUAUGGGAUCACAAGGAGCUCCACUGCAAUCACAGUUGGGUCUAAGAAGAGCGAGCAGCUUCCACGCUGAGAAAUUAAGAGUAAAACUGCUGUCGCCAUGUCCUUCCGGAGGCUUUGGAGCACCCCUAAAGCAAUGGGGGACGUCAACAUGGUGACAGAGGAGCUGAAGAAUCUUUAUUACAAGCGGCUGCUGCCAGUAGAAAAAUACUAUUCUUUCCAUCACUUUCAUUCACCAAGCUAUGAGGACGCAGACUUUGACAACAAACCGAUGGUGCUGGUGAUGGGUCAGUACUCAACAGGAAAGACUACUUUUAUCAGGUAUCUCAUAGAGCAAGAUUUUCUUGGUAGCAGAGUUGGGCCGGAGCCAACCACCGACUGCUUCACUGCCCUCAUGUAUGGAGAAGUCGAGGGAAUCAUCCCUGGGAAUGCCCUCACGAUGGACCCGAAAAAGCCCUUUCGCAACCUCGACCCUUUUGGAAAUUCGUUUCUGAACAGGUUUCAGUGUGUUCAGAUGCCAAAUCGGAUCCUUGAGAGUAUGAGCAUAAUUGACACGCCAGGCAUCUUGACCGCUGCUAAAAGAAAACUGAGCCGAGGCUAUGACUUUGCAGCGGUGCUGCGCUGGUUUGCAGAGCGUGUCGAUCGGAUCAUCCUGCUGUUUGACGCGCAUAAGAUGGAGUUUUCUGAUGAGCUCACACGAGCAUUCGGGGCCCUGUGCGGUUAUGAGGACAAGUUGCGUGUGGUGCUCAACAAAGCUGACAGGGUGGACUCUCAGCAUCUGAUGAGAGUGUAUGGCGCCCUCAUGUGGUCACUGGGAAAAGUGUUCCGAACCCCUGAGAUUUUACGGGUUUACAUCGGAUCUUUCUGGUCAGAGCCCAGGCAGAUGUGCGACCACUACCAGCUAAUAGAGUUGGAGGAGGAGGAUCUGUUGGCCGAUAUAAGGAACCUGCCACGCAACGCUGCAGUACGCAAGCUGAAUGACCUGGUGAAGAGGGCGCGCUUAGUGAGGGCUCAUGCACACAUUAUCAGCUAUCUGAAGCAGGAGAUGCCAACCAUUUUUUGUAGAGAAAGCAAGAAGCAUAAUCUGAUCUACCAGCUUCCCGUGAUUUUUAACAAGAUUCAGCAGCAGCAUCAUGUCCCAGCUGGCGAUUUCCCCGACUGCACAAAGAUGCAGGAGAACCUUUUGGGGCAAGACUUCUCAAAGUUCAAGAAGCUGAAACCGAGCCUUAUGGCCUCCUUGGAUAAACUCCUCAGCACUGACAUUGCCAAGCUGGUCCCUUACAUCCAACAUCAAGAACAGAGAAAGAGAUCCCUCCACGGAGUCCUGGACGGGGAAUUUUUGAGAACAUUCAAGCCCGAGCAUUACAGGAGAGACCCGUUCAAAGAACCUCCCAUGGAUGAGGGGAGCGAGCUAGAUUUCGAUGAGUGGGUAGUGGAGAAAUACAAACCCAAAUACGAUGAGAUUUUCUACAACCUCAGUCCAACUAAGGGCAAACUUAGCGGAACCAAAGUCAAAGAGUGGAUGACAAAGACUCUUCUGCCCAACUCUGUGCUCGCUCACAUCUGGAGGCUGUCCGAUGUAGACGGGGAUGGCAUGCUGGACGAUGAGGAGUUUGCUUUGGCGGUCCACCUCAUCGAGGAGAAAGUGGAGGGCCACUGGCUCCCCAGAGAGCUGCCUCCACACCUGGUGCCACCAUCAAAACGGCUAAGUGAAGCAAGCGACGUGUCGGUGUGAACUUGUCAUCCACAGGAAACGGAAAGCUGAGAACGUGUAUUCAUUACAAGUAAAAUUAAUGCAGAUUUUUUAGAGUGUUGGCAGUUUGAGUGCUAUGAAAACUGAAGUGUGUGUGUGUGCAAAUCUGAAAAGGUAUUAGCAGCUGACACAACCUAAAGCUUACUGUUAUUGGUUAUGAAUGAUUUAGUUUUGAAGUAUUAUUCACACUGUUUUUCACAAUUAUGUUAUUGUCAUCUUAUAAGGAAACGCAACAGCAAAUAUUGUCAGUUGUAUGGACAGUCUCUCUUCAGCUAAUGCAGUAAAGGUUUCAUAUUUCCUGACUGUUAAGCUUUUCUUUAAUAUGUGACAUUAAAAACAUUGACAUUGCUUUCAUCAA